AUGGCUGUUUUUGCUUCUUUUUGGUCGCGAGGACAAAUAUGGACAAAUCACAAGAUUCAACCUUCCAUGCAAUGUUUCCAAAGGUUCUCGUCGGACUUGCUUCUGCAGGCGCCGAUUGACUUUGUACUACGUGGGAGUGUGAGGGAAGCAGGUACAGAUCACGAUGAGCCCAUAGGGCUCCAACUUAUACCAGGCUAUGCCAUGGAUAUGUUCCGGUUGAAGAGCAAAGAUUUUGGCGCUGGCCAAACUAGAUCACGCAUCUAUUUCAUCAUGGUGCACCACAGUGUUGGAGACCAAAACACCUUGGACCACAUUGGUGCUUUGCUGCAAACUUUCGCUGCGUCCAUGCCAGCAACCUCUGUCUGGGACGCUGUGGACUACGUCAAAUGCUGCAAGCAUGAUUGGACUCCAGAGGAAGAGGACCUUGACCAAAGUGAUGUUGUUGGAGGUAAAACGCGCGAAUCCUUUGACAAGGCCAAGGCAGAUCUUGGGAUGGACACUUCAAGCUACGAAGAAUACAGAGCGUUCACUUUGCUUUGCAAGCAGAGAGAUUCAACUUGGCCGCGCGGUCUACAUGGAAGAGAAAUUGAGCAACUGGAUAUCAUCUACCAUUUGUUGCCUAUUGCUGAGCGAUCAAGAGUGGUCACGGAUGUGGUGAAAUCAUUGGGGCGAAGAGCAUGGCGGUCUGAUGGUCUCAGCCCAACGCUCACCACGAACAGCAAAAUAUUCGAUUUCAGGAAUGAAAAGCUUUUGAAUCCAGCAGAGAUGAUGGCCCUGCAAGGCUUUGACGUUUCCCAGAUUCACUUCUCCGGAUACAAGCGUUCCUUUUUCAGCCUGCUCAGUGGCAAUGCGAUGACCAUGCCGGUGAUUGGAGGAUGCCUUCUUGCAGUCCUAUUGACCACUGCACUUCGAUCCGAGUUUCGUUCCUGUGUCACUGAAGAGCCGCAAAGCGGUCUUGCUCAGAGUGAUGAUGAUGAUCAAGACGAUGCUACAGACGCAUCGGGUUCUUCUUCGAACUUCCCACAACAUUUGCGGGAUGAGUGGCCAACUUUGGCACACUCUGGAUCAGGGUAUAGUUCUUCUGAGUUGGAAUGGCUGUACAAUGCACCUCCUGGGAGGGUACUUUGA